AUGACUAUCUUCGUUGGAAAGCCCCUGGCGUGGGCUAUUACUACCACUGCAGGAAGUGGGUUUCUGCUGUUUGGUUAUGACCAGGGUGUCAUGUCCGGUCUGUUGACCGGCACGGUCUUUACUCGAACAUUUCCGGAGAUUGACACUACCUCGACCGGUCAUGGCAGUUCAUCGUUUACUGCCAUCUAUGAGAUCGGUUGCUUUGUCGGGGCUAUCAUUGCGCUGUUGGUUGGUGAACGGAUCGGUCGUCGAAUGUGCAUUAUAGCUGGCUGUAUUGUUCUUGCCAUUGGGGCUGCGUUGCAGUGCAGUGCGUACACCAUUCCGCAUUUGAUCGUGGGUCGAAUUGUGGCGGGUAUUGGGAAUGGACUCAACACGAGUACUAUCCCUGUCUGGCAUUCGGAACUGAGCAAGGCAGCUAGUCGUGGAAAAGGACUUGCCAUCGAGCUAUGUAUCAAUAUUUUCGGUGUGAUGCUUGCAUACUGGGUUGAUUACGGCAUGAGCUAUGUGACGAACGAUGCGCAGUUUCGCUUCCCCAUUGCUCUGCAGAUCCUCUUUGCCAUCAUCACUCUGAUAGGAAUUCUUGUGCUUCCUGAGUCUCAUCGCUGGCUCAUUGCGCAUGGCCGACACGACGAAGCCCGUCACGUCAUCUGGGCUGUCCAGCCCAACGCUCGAAUGAUCUCGGAGGACGAUGCCACAGUGGACGCUGAUGUGAUGGAAAUUACUCGUGCUAUCGCCGAGGAGCAGCAAGCAACGCAGGAAGGGUUGUUCCGACUGGUGUUUACGAACGGAAACCAGAAGUUUUUCUACCGGACACUGUUGGGAAUGGGCGGACAGAUGAUGCAGCAACUGUCAGGUGUCAACCUCAUCACAUACUACAACACGGUUAUUUUCGAGAGUUCGGUUGGCAUGAGCCACAACUUGGCGUUGUUGAUGGCCGGUUUCAACGGGGUGGCGUAUUUUGUGUCGACGUUCAUUCCUAUUUGGGCUAUUGAUCGAUUGGGUCGCCGGAAGUUGAUGCUGUUCGCGGCAGCCGGACAAUGCGUCUGCAUGGCAGUGUUGGCUGGCACGGUCUAUGAUGGCGGUCAUGCGGCUGGUAUAGUUGCAACUAUCAUGUUGUUUCUGUUCAACUUCUUCUUUGCCGUGGGACUGCUGGCCAUUCCGUGGUUGCUGCCCGCCGAAUAUGCUCCGCUGUCUAUCCGAACUCAGGCUGCGGCGCUUGCCACUGCUACCAACUGGAUUUUUACCUUCCUGGUGGUGGAAAUCACCCCGGUCAGCAUCAGCAACAUCGGCUAUCGCACAUAUAUCUAUUUCGCCGGCGACGAGGUCAAGCCCACUUGCACGGGCUGCAAACGGCGCGGGGAUAAGUGCCAGUGGCGCAUGGUUGGCUCGUUCCGUGAGGCCAACAUCACGGUUCUGGAACCGGGCCAUCCCUCGAUGAACCAGACGGAUGUUCGGACGCGGAAACGAAGUAAAUUUAAGGUUAUUUUGAAUGUUGUUCCUUCUCAGUCGUCGAGGAGGGUACGGAGAGAGGCUGAGCUGGUAGAUGAAGGAGCACCGCUGUCUUCCAGACAUGAGCAGGAAGUUCAGGUACCGUCGAAUACAGAGAAUGUAUCGGAGACAACUCCCCAGGCAGCGUUCAGUCCUUGUGCUAAUGGUCUCUCGCCUCUUUCCCCCGAGGGCUUCCAUCCUGCGGGAGUCGACCUUCAGCAGUCUCAUACUGACAAUGCACAUAUUUUUGAUGACGCCCCACAGCCUUACAUUCACUCCAGUCCAGAGUUUAUUGGCGAUGAGCUCACAGCUCUGCGCAACCUCGCCGGAAACCCGGUGCACUUUUCCGGACCCGAGGCUUACCAGUCUGUGACCUCGCCGCUGUUCGACCAUAGCGUCUUCUCGGAUCCGGCGGAUCUAACCAAUGAUGUGUUUGUACCUGGCUCGGCCUACGAAGCUCUUCAUACUGCUCUGCGUAACCGACAGCUGUGGACUGCCCGUACGGAGAUUCCUAGCCGGGGGAGCACCCCAGCAUCAGUCGGAUGCGAUGGCAUAGUGCCGGAGGACUCGCACGUUCCGCUAGACAGACGAGUCCAGUCAAGAACAAGAGAGUUUGAACUGUCACCGGAGCGCGAAAAUAUACUGUGGCAGAACUAUCUCAAUGAAAUCUGCUCAUGGCUCGACAUGUUCGACAACCACCGACACUUCGCUUCCACCUUCCCUCAGAUGGCCAAGUCGGCCCCUCACCUGCGCUACUCGAUUCUGGCCCUGUCGGCGCGGCAGAUGGAACGGCAGCAAAACGCCAAGUCGCAGUCGGAGAGUCUCUCGUUGUACCAGGAGGCCAUCCAUCUGCUGCUGCCCGAGCUGGAGAGCAAGACCACGCCGGUUAUCGCGUCAUGCGUGAUUUUAUGUGUCCUUGAAAUGCUCAGCUGCAACCCCAAAGAAUGGCGCCGUCACCUCGAUGGCUGCGCCUAUCUAAUCCAGGCAGCGGAAAUCAACGGCUUCUCCGGAAAGGAAGAGCAAGCACUGUUUUGGUGCUUUGCACGAAUGGAUGUCUGCGGUGGCCUCAUCUCCGAAGAGGAGACCAUUAUUCCGAUCCACCACUGGAUCCCCCGCGACAUGAGCCCCACCGAAGCGUCGCAGUUGUUCCUGGCCUCGAAUGUGUACACCUUCGAUACGUAUGCCAACUACACGGUGUUUCUCUGUGCCCAGACACUAGGGGUGCUCUUCGGGAGCCAGAUCCCUGCAUCCUGCGUGUCAUGCCAUUACCUGUCUAGCCCAGGGGAUGGGAACUCGACCAUCCAGCGGUGGCAGCGGCUGUUCGACAAUUGUGUCGGCGACGGGGGGCGGCAGCGAGCGGCCGUUCCCGACGGUUCUGUAUGGGAAUGGAGCAGCUAUUUCAGGCAAUCAGCUGUAUCAUGCGUGCGCGCUGCUUCUGCUGCAACGGAAGCCGAAGACGGUUUCGUUGCAGCGCCGGCCGAAAUCGGUCUUAUGGCAUGCAAGGCAGAUAUGCGCUAUUUCCGCGUCCAACACACACCACCGUUAUGGCUGGCUGGGAAGGUGAUGUCUCAUCAUUCAGAACAUGCCGCCAUUAUUGAGACGCUGAAUCGGAUUGAGCGUGAGACAGGAUGGGCGACGGCGUGGCGGGUGGGGGAUCUGAAGGAGUUCUGGGGGGACGAGGACGAAGCGGACGAGAUGGAAGAGAACAUGCGGGUGGACAUGGAGGCGGACAUGAAUCUACAGACCCCUCGGAGCAUCCGGGGGAGCAUCCAUUCGAACUCGUGA